CUCCGGACUUUGACCCUGAGCUCCAGUCCCGGCUGGCGGGCAGAGGACUGAGGACAGGACACCCCUGAGUCAGGAGCCUCCCCUUAGGAGACAGGACCCUGCACCCACAGCAGCUGCCUCCUUUCUCCAGAAGUUUGGCACACCCGGCUGGCACAAUGCGCGUGGUGGUGAUCGGAGCGGGCGUCAUUGGGCUGUCCACCGCCCUCUGCAUCCACGAGCGCUACCACUCGGUCCUGCAGUCGCUGGACUUGAAGAUCUACGCAGACCGCUUCACCCCGCUCACCAACACCGACGUGGCUGCUGGCCUGUGGCAGCCCUACCUCUCCGACCCCGGCAACCAGCAGGAGGCGCACUGGAACCGGCAGACCUUCGACUACCUCCUGAGCCACAUCCAUUCCCCCAAUGCUGCAAACAUGGGCCUGGCCCCGAUCUCGGGCUACAACCUCUUCCAUGAAGCUGUUCCGGACCCUUCCUGGAAGGACAUAGUUCUGGGAUUUCGGAAGCUGACACCCAGGGAGCUGGACAUGUUCCCCGAUUACAGCUAUGGCUGGUUCAACACAAGCCUGACUCUGGAGGGGAGGAGGUAUCUGCAGUGGCUGACUGAAAGGUUAACCGAGCGGGGAGUGAGGUUCUUCCAGCAGAAGGUGGAGUCUUUCGAGGAGGUGGCAAGAGGAGGCGCCGAUGUGAUUAUCAACUGCACCGGCGUGUGGGCCGGGGCGCUGCAGCCGGACCCGCUGCUGCAGCCAGGCCGGGGGCAGAUCAUUAAGGUGGAUGCCCCUUGGAUGAAGCACUUCAUCAUCACCCAUGACCUAGACAGAGGCAUCUACAAGUCCCCGUACAUCAUCCCAGGGAUCCAGGCAGUGACUCUUGGAGGCAUCUUCCAGCUGGGGAACUGGAGCGAGGUGAACAAUAGUGAAGACCACAACACCAUCUGGGAAGGCUGCUGCAGACUGGAGCCCACACUGAAGGAUGCCAAAAUUGUUGCUGAACUGACUGGCUUCCGGCCAGUACGCCCCCAGAUUCGGCUAGAAAGAGAACAGCUUUGCUUCGGGUCUUCAAACACAGAGGUCAUCCACAACUAUGGCCAUGGAGGCUACGGGCUCACCAUCCACUGGGGCUGUGCCCUGGAGGCGGCCAAGCUCUUCGGCGAGGUCUUGGAAGAAAGGAAGUUGCUCAGGAUGCCACCAUCUCACCUCUGAAGAUGCCAAUGACCACCGUCCCCCCCCCCCCCCCCAGGACUUCCCGCUUUCCUCGGCCAACUAACUAAUCAAUGUGCUUCUCUCUAAGUCAGCGGUUCUCAACCUGUGGGUCGUGACCCCUUUGGCGGUCGAACGACCCUUUCACAGGGGUCGCCUAAGACCAUCCUGCAUACCAUAUAUUUAUAUGACGAUUCAUCACAGUAGCAACAUGACAGUGAUGAAGUAGCAACGAAAAUAAUUUUAUGGUUGGGUCACAACAUGAGGAACUGUAUUUAAAGGGCCAGAAGGUUGAGAACCGCUGCGUAAGUCAUCACUUACCCCCGCCCCCCACCCCUGGCUCCUGUGGACAAGAAGCGUGAGGUGAGAGGGAAUCAUAAGGUCAAUUCCUGGAGGUGAGUCCAGCCCCAUCUGGGCACGCUUUGACCUCUCUCUCUGGGCCUGGCAUUACUAAAGCUUACUCCACGAGUCCUCAGAAGGAAGGAAAUCUCAGAAAAUCAAAGAGGCAAGCAAGGAAAUGAGGUAGUUGAGGUUAAGUAACUCGAGGACAAGUUGCAUGAACAUAUUAAAGGUUCUGAAAAGUCCUGCAGCGAAGACACCUACCUGAUGUUGUCUUCCUAAACCUAGCCUGGCUACGGAAACCUUUUGCCCAGCCCUAAUGCCACAGAAUGAACCGGAGGGCGUGCUGUCACAGAUUUCACAGGAAGUUAUAUGUCGAACUGGAAUACAGAGGAGGCAGAAGAGAUGAGGCAUGAAAUUACCAACAUAUGAUGCCUGUUUCACAUCCAGGAUCCCAAAUGGCAUCAGCGGCCCACCGAGUGGCCCCAGGGACACCAUGGAAUCCUGGAGAAGGGGCCACGGGAAGGAUCAUCCCCCACGGAACCCCUUCACAGAGAAUGAACUCACCAAGCUCACUCCUUGUUUGCUCAGCACCUCUCUACCUUCUGGCUGGUAUCCCCUGAGAUGGCAAACAGGCUUCCAGAUGUUUCUGAAAGCCUUACAUGAGCCGAGAAGCCACCUUAGCAUCUUCAUCCCUAAUCAUCUGCCUCAGUCUCUUGAGUUGAAUUUUCAUCUGUCUGGUUUUGUUGUUUGUUUUUUUUAAAAAGACUGGAGCCUAGAAGUCUUCAUGCAUCUGGGACCAGUGGCACCCUGUGUGCUGAGAAGAGGUCUCGACUGGCCCACACCAUGCUAUGUCCAUGCCAUUACUGUUUCUUCCUGAAUUGUUUCACCAGAUGGUUUUUGGGUUUUUUUUUGCAUUUCUGGGUCUUUUGCGUUUCCAUAUAAAUUUUACAACCAACAUGCCAAUUUCUGCAGGGAACGCCAGCUGGGAUUUUGAUAGGGAUUGUGUUGAACUUAUAGAUCAAUUUGGGGGAGUAUUGAUUGACAUCUUAACAAUUUUAAGUCUGCUGAGCCAUGAGUCUGGCAUGCCUCUCCAUUUAUUUAGACCUGCCACUUCUUCCAGCGAUGCUUGGUACUUUGUAAAAAUCUUGCACUCCUUUUGUUAAGUGUA